GAAAAGUGACAUCCUGGACGAAUAUAGCGUUCUACCAUCAGGCAACACUCUGGGACAGCUCCUCGGGCAGAAUUCACAAGUAUUUUCGUUCUCAUCGAAUUUCAAGAAAAGGAAACACCCGUGGCAACAGGACCAUGCUUCGCUUCCUGGCUGCGUCCCUGUUUGUGCUCUUCUACUCAGUACCAAUGCAGUGUGCCACAAGUACAACCUCCCAGGCUUGCGAAACAAAGAUCUGCACCGAGGACUGCGCAGUGCGCCACGGAUACCCGAUAAACGUCACAGUGGUCGGGACAUGCGAGAAUGACACGUGCCGGUGCAAUUACUACAAUUACUGCGAAGAAAAAGCGUGCGCUGACGUUUGCCUCAAGGACUAUGGUCACAAGAAAAACCUGACGUCGUUGUGCAAAGGCAGGAUGUGCUACUGCUACUGGCAUAAGAAAUGCGUGCAGCCUGAAUGUGUGCCUUUGUGCGACGAGCGACACCCGGACAAGGAAAUCAUCGACGUGAACUGCAAGAAUGACGUCUGUGUCUGCAAGUGGCGCGAAGGGGCCACAAGAACCUUGAAGCCAGGCGCGGCUCCUGUGGGUGGCCUUGAAGUCGAGGUGGAGCAUCCGCUCCGCGGAAGUCACGCCAUCUUCGUCGAUGUGGAGAGUCGCGAGGUCAAGAAAAAGUCGGCCACGUCGUGACACGCACCCAGCACGGCUUUCACUUGCAAUUCCAGACUCAUCCGAGU